AGGUACCACUGUAUUAAAAAAAUCCCAAUAUAAAAAUAUAUAAACAAAUUAUUCAGACAAGAAAUAUCUGGUGCUUAGAAAGGCAUGUAGGCUUGAAAGCUUUUUAAAGUAAGCCCCAAACAAUAACAAUUUUAAGUUUUGCUGAAAGAAUAAUCUACCCAAAAUUCUCCCCCAUUUGGUUCAUAGAGAGAUGAGAAAUCUGAUCAAUUUAGCGUGUUUCAUUUUUGUUCCCUUAAUACUAUAACUGUAAAUUUCAUUUCAACCUGCAAUGCUGUACUUGUAUUCAGCUUCACUAAACCAUGGAUUUCCACAACAUAUUCUGAACCAGUUUUCUACAUGCUGACUGCUGUGAGGAUACCGACCCUAUGCUUUUGUUGGAAAGGACUUUUGAUCCCCUCUGUACCAGAACAACUAGCUAAGCUGUGAGAGAUGCUUCAGAUGCUUUAAGAUAACUCUGUAUCUUAAAAGUACAUCUGACAAAAAAUUAACUCAAUUUAGAAACUAUUGCUAUUUUGUAUAUGGCUUUGUAUCACAUCCAAAAUCUGGGUUUCUCUUUAUGUAAAGCCUUAAUAUUUAAAUUUUAUAGGGUUUCCUAAACCCUAUACUGUGCCAACUACUGUUUCUAACAUUCUAUUUAGAGCUCAAUACUGAUUUUUAGUUUUUUAAAAGAUAUAAUAUACUCAGGUAUUUACAAUCAAUCAAUGAAAUACUGAACAGCCUUAAUUUCUAUUACUCUUAUUAAUUCCCUGUUUAUUCAUUUGUGCCCUACUUUUUUACCCCCCUUGUGUUCCCCCCCCCUUUUUAGUUUAUUUAUUCUUCUUGUAAAAUGUGCGGUCUCUCGCUGUCCCGCAAUUGUGCGCAAAUUAAGCCUGUCCUGGAGAAAAAAGGGUUCCGGCGGCAGCCAAAAACGGGCUGAGCUCAAAAUAUUACGGUUUCCCCUUCCAUAAUUCUGGCAUUACGGAGAGGGAGCUCUGCGUAGCAGACAAAACACAUCUACGUUUUGCUUGAAGGUGCAAUAGUUCCAGAGCAUGCUUGUGCCUUUCAUCAUAAAGAUCUUUACUCCGUCUUGCAACCACUCGAAGGAUCAGGCGGGGGUUCUGCAGGGAGCCGCUUACACUGGCGAAUCCGCGACCUUCUCCUGCUCUCCUUUCCUCUUUUGUGAGGCUUUUCCCGCACCCGCUCCCCCCUCCGCCGCUCGAGUUCUAGUUUAGACGCUUUCUGAUUGGGCACAAAAAAAAGGGGAAAAAAAAAGGCGCCUCCUCGUUCGGAGAGAGCUGCUGGGGAGGGGCCAGAAGAAGCGGCUGAAGCCAGAUGUCCAAACGCACGUUUCGAACACGAGUUAGCUGGCAAAAGAGCGGCCAGCUGGGAAGCGAGACUGCGAUUCCUUCCCCUCGCUGCGCUCCGAAGACCACGGCCGGGCGGAGGCGAGCAGGCGAGGCGAGAAGCGUGGCCGCGGUGAGUGGAAGCGAGCAGUGCCGAGACCGACCGCGCGUUAAGCUGUCUCAGUUGAAGCUACCCCCUUUUUGGGGGGGAAUGUCUCUCCCCGCCCCUGAGGCGGUGUUUACAGGUAUCCGGUACAAUGAUGGGAAAAAAUGAUGAAAUGUGUGUUGCAACAUCACAAUGCAAAUACUGUUCUGUCAGAAGCAAGCAUACUUAGCUGAUUCCAAGUAUUGGACCCAAGAUACCAGUUGCUGGAUAAUAAAGUUGUUUUGGCAGUUGAUUUUACAGCCAAAAGUAAUUUGCCACAGGAAUUCCUGCUGUUAGCUCUUUCUUCUGUUGUUGGUUAAUGGAACAGACAUGUUAAGCACAAAAUAGAGAUACACACAAUUUUGUAACAGUGAUUUGUACAGUAUGUUCUGCACAAAACUGAAAGAGCUGAAGAUCACUGGCGAAUGUCCUUUCUCCUUGCUAACCCAGAGUGGCAUUUCAGAUGAAAACGAAGAAGAAUGUGGUGAGGUGCCAGACAGUUCUAAGGCUCCUUUGCCCAUCUGCAGAGAGAAAGACCCUCGUGGAAACCUUCCACAAAGGAAAACCAGCAGAAGCAGAGUCUUUCUGCAUACUUUGGCUGAGAGCAUUUACAAACUCAUCUCUCCAGAGUAUGAAAGGUUAUAUCUUGCAUUUCAAAGAACCCUAGCCAAUAAUAAUAUAAAAGAAAUCAGACAGUGUGGGGAAAAAGACUUUGAGAAGCUGAUCACUGAUCAUGCAAAUGUGGCUGGAAUUCCAGUCAAUGUUGUCAGAGAAUCACUUGGCGAAGAGCUUUUCAGAAUAUGUUAUGAAGAAGAUGAACACAUCCUUGGAGUUGUUGGGGGAACUCUCAAAGACUUUUUGAACAGUUUCAGUACUCUUCUGAAGCAGAGCUCCCACUGCCAUGACGCUGGAAAAAAAGGCAGAGUUGAAGAAGUCUCAAUUUUGUGUUUGGAAAAAGACCCCCAUUUUUUAAAUGUGUACUAUUUCUUUCCCCAAAAGCCAACUACCCUCAUCCUGUCGGGCAUUAUUAAGACAGCAGCUCUCAUUCUGUAUGACAUGGAGGUGGAAGUAAUGGUAAUGCCACCCAGCUUCUGCAAGGACAGUUCUGAAUUUAUUGAUCAACCUUAUUUGUUGUAUUCUGUGCACAUCAAAAGCACAAAGCCAUCACUGUCACCCUGUAAACCCCAGUCUUCUCUUGUCAUUCCUACUUCUAUGUUCUGCAAGACCUUUCCUUUCCAUUGCAUGUUUGACAAGGACAUGGUUAUUCUGCAAGUUGGCAAUGGCAUCAGGAGACUAUUAAACAAAAGAGAAUUUCAAGCAAAGCCACAGUUUGAUGAGUGGUUUGAAAUUUUGGCUCCUAAAAUAAAUUCCACAUUUAGUGGGAUCAUGACAAUGCUGAACAUGCAGUUUGCUGUAAGAGUGAGACGAGGAGACAAGGUUCUUAAGAAGUCAACUGGGGUUAUGGACCUUAAAGGACAAAUGAUCUACAUUAUAGAAUCUAAUGCCAUUUUAUUCUUGGGAUCUCCCUGUGUGGAUAGACUGGAAGAUUUUACAGGACGUGGCUUAUAUCUUUCAGAUAUUCCAAUUCAUAAUGCACUUAGGGAUGUUGUUUUAAUAGGUGAACAAGCCAGAGCUCAAGAUGGAUUGAAGAAAAGAUUAGGGAAGCUUAAAGCUACUCUUGAGCAAGCACAUCAAGCUCUUGAAGAAGAGAAGAAGAAGACAGUUGAUCUUUUGUGCUCUAUUUUCCCUGAGGAGGUUGCUCAGCAGCUAUGGCAAGGACAAGUUGUACAGGCCAAGAAAUUUAAUAAUGUCACAAUGCUUUUUUCUGACAUUGUAGGAUUCACUGCAAUCUGUUCUCAGUGUUCACCCAUGCAGGUUAUCACCAUGCUUAAUGAGCUCUACACUCGCUUUGAUUAUCAGUGUGGAGAACUGGAUGUCUACAAGGUAGAAACCAUUGGAGAUGCAUAUUGCGUAGCUGGAGGCUUACACAAAGAAAGUGAGACCCAUGCGAUUCAGAUUGCACUAAUGGCACUGAAAAUGAUGGAUCUGUCCAAUGAAGUGAUGUCACCACAUGGAGAAUCCAUCAAGAUGCGUAUAGGACUACAUUCUGGCUCCGUUUUUGCCGGUGUUGUUGGUGUUAAAAUGCCACGUUAUUGCCUGUUUGGAAACAACGUAACACUUGCCAACAAGUUUGAGUCCUGCAGUGUCCCUAGGAAAAUAAAUGUGAGCCCCACUACCUACAGGUUGCUAAAGGAUCACCCUGGCUUUGUGUUUACUCCCCGCUCAAGACAAGAACUUCCUCCCAACUUUCCAAGUGAUAUACCUGGAAUCUGUUAUUUUCUUGAUGCUUAUCUUCAAGGGAAAACUACAAAGGCCUGGUUUCAGAAGAAAGAUGCUGGAGAAGGAAAGACAAAUUUCUUGGGGAUAUCAACAGGAGUAGAUUAAAUUGCAUUUUGAGGACAAGAUAGUGUGUGUGUGUUUAUAAUAUUUCUGAGUUUUGAUUUUUUUUUGUUAAAGAAACAUAAUAGCACUUUAGCUUAUUAAUCACUUGAAAGCCAGUAUUAAAUUUUAUAAAAAAGGAUAUCACAUACUACUUUGAAUUUUUAUUGAGAUAAUAUAUUCAGUGAAUAGCAAGGAAUAGUUGAAGCAGGAACAAGACAGAGCCAGUCUGCCUGUGAACAAUUCCUUCCCUCUAGCAGUGAACUACUUUGAACCCAUUUUUUGAUAGCAUGUGCUUUGCACCUCCCCAACCUUUCCAGUUUUUAGAAUCAGCUUUCACAAGGACUUCUCAUCAUUUAUACAUCCAGAUCUAAACUGUGGCUGUAUGAGCAUCAGAGCAUAACAUAGCUUUUAGUGCACAGGAGAUAAAUACAAACUCAGAUGAAUGCCACUGCUGUUUUAGUGAAGUUUUCUGAAUGAUUUUAUAAGGGUUGGGAGCAGGCAAUUAUACAUUAUUGUCUGGUUUCUAUUACAUUUAUCAGUGACCUCUUACACUUUCGUGACCUGCUGAGUUUCCACUACUAUGGAUUUAGCAACCCUCAGGUAUGCCAACCAGCUGUUUAGACUAAAACAUUUAUAAACAUAGCCCAAAGGCCAUGGUUUAUGGGACCUGUAGUCCAGAAUAUCUGGAUUUCAUACCUGCCUGUGGAAAUCCAAUUCUUGUUAUUUUUCUUCUGAACUUUUUAUGGUUGACUUCCUGGGCAAUUUUCUAGAUACGUGUAAAUUAACUGUGGUGACGCUGUGCUCCCUGUUUCUAGUCAGUUAAACAAUAUUUACACCUGUAGACUACAUAGAAUUAAAUUCAGAAUUGCCACUCUGGUUGGUUCUGUGCCUAGUCUUUUAAUGCAAAGCUGUUAAUGUUAUCUAUAAUUUUCAACUUUCCAUGAAAAGAAUAUAUGUUUUAUCCAGCUUAUGUGAAGACCAUUGAAAUUACCCAUUACUGUGAUAUUUGCACCUUAACAUUAACAUGAAUGCUUUUGUCAGGUGGUGAUACCAGAGGUUAUGGAAAUACCAAGAAGUAAAUAAUGUCACUUAGUCUACAAUUUUAUGCACAUCUAUUGGAAUAAAUGCCAAUGAAUUCAGUGGGACUUCUGAGUAAACCUACAAAAGACUACUUUUCUCCUGCUUGUAUGGUUCUUGGCAAUUUUCAGAACUAGUAUACAGAAGAUGCCGCUCACUGCUAUCACUGUCUAUAAAUUAAUAUAUGUAAUAUAUUGUAUAAUUAAAUCUAAAAUAUGUAUUCAAACAGCAUUUUAAGUUUGGAAGUUACACAUUUUAUAGGAAGCACAUAUAUUCCCUGUUCUGUAUAAUAGCAAUAAAUGUUUUCUUGAGUUGUUAUGUAAUUUUAACUGUUUAGAUUAAAAUGUGUAUAAUAUUUGCUUAACAGUACUAACAUAAUAUUCAGCACAGAGAUAUGGGGAAAAUAUGAUGAAAUGAAUCAAAUAUAUGUAUAUAGAGACUUUGAAUGCAUUAUGGUCAUGUUUGAUAUAUAAUGAGCUCAAUAAAAAGAAUUACGCAGAA